AUGGUGGAGUUGAAACGUACGCUGGACACCAACGGCCACUGCGUGCUGGAGAUGCCGAUGGGCACGGGCAAGACCAUCACACUGCUGUCACUCAUCACAUCGUACCAGAUGGCGCGCAAGGGCACGGGCAAGCUCGUGUAUUGCCCGCGCACCGUGCACGAGAUGGAGAAGGCGCUCGCCGAGCUCCGCCUGCUGCACGCCUACCAGCAGACUGCGCUCGCAGGGAAGCCGCCGCCGCCGCCGGCGCGGGGGGAAACAGCGCAGGGGGGAAAGGCGCGAGCGGAGUUCGAGGCAAAGGAUGCAGAGAGGCUGAAGGAGGAGUACCAACGACUGGUGGAUGGACUGGCGCAGAGAGGCAACCUGCCAGCCCGCCAAUCAGCAUCGGACAUGCGGCUGGCAAACCCACUGCUGCCAGCGGACAUCCUACAGGAGGCGAUGCCGGGCAACAUCCGCCAUGCCGAGCACUUCCUCGCCUUCCUGCGCAGAUUCCUCAGCUACCUGCAGACGCGCCUCAACACCACGCGCGUCGAGUCCGAAGGGCCCCUCGCCUUCAUGCAUGCCCUGCAGGCAGCGACGGGCAUAGAGAGCAAGAGUCUGCAGCUGUGCUACGACCACCUGCAGUCGCUGGUGCUGACGCUACAGGUGGCGGAGGUGGACGAGAUGGGUCACGUGCAGUGCGUGUGUGACAUCGCCACGCUCGUGGGCACGUACACGCGGGGCUUCGCCAUCAUCAUCGAACCCUAUGAUGAGCGACAGCCACAACUAGCUGACCCCGUGCUGCAGCUCUCUACUUCCUCUCCCCUUCGCCCCACCCCUCACCACCCACCUUGCCUGCAGCUGAGCUGUCUGGACGCCUCACUGGCCAUCCGGCCCACCUUUGAGCGGUUUCAGAGUGUGAUAAUAACGAGAAGCAUGCUGAGCCCCAUCGACCUGUACCCGCGCCUGCUCAACUCCACCCCGUCUGCAUCCGCUCCCUCUCCAUGUCGCUCUCGCACGACUGCCUCUGCCCGCUCGUCGUCACACGUGGCAGUGUCAUUCCUGAACCUUACUAACUCUGUUGAACCUGUUGGCCCUGCCCCCACCAGCGACCAUCUGCCUCUCAGCACGCGCUUUGAUAUGCGCAGCGACCCCGGUGUCGUGCGCAAUUAUGGCCGCCUGCUCGUCGACAUGGCCGGGUGCGUGCCGGACGGCAUCGUUUGUUUCUUUGUAAGCUACGCAUACAUGGACGGCAUCAUGAACAGCUGGAACGACAUGGGCAUCCUCAAGGAGGUGAUGGAGCACAAGCUGGUGUUCAUCGAGACACAGGACGUGGUGGAGACCACGCUCGCCCUCGACAACUACCGCCGCGCCUGUGACUGCGGUCGCGGAGGGGUCUUCUUCUCCAUCGCCCGGUGA